CAGUACUUAAUCAGAUAAUCUGCUACAUCUGAUAAAAAAAACUAUUUAUUCUUUAGAUUCGGGUUUGAGUUAGAUGGUUUUUCUGUCCUUUUUUGCGCAGCUGCAUCCUUGUGCUUUUGGACACAAAGCCUUUAUUCUAACGACGAGCUCCGGAAACUGUGCGCUCCUCCCCACUUUGGGUUUAGUGAAAAUAAUGAAACAAAACUCAACUGCAGCUAUGCCAAAUUGAAAUGGGGAACGCUCGUGCGCACUGGUUGUUUUUCUCUUUUCUGAAACUUGCCAGCAACUUUCGGAGGUGCUCUCUUUUCAAACGCAGUUUGUUCAUCACGGCUGUGUGUGCGGUCUAUUUGUUUUUUGUGAUUCCACAAGUCGGAACCUCUCUGCGACACCAGCGCAGGACUGAUGAGGACGAGACGCGGCACACCCGUGGUUUGGACAUCAGCGGCGCACUACCACACGCUACUGGACUGCAGACUGGCGCGAGUCUGGUGCAGCCGACACGAACCAACGUGGUGUACAUAUCUCUCAAAUCUAAACGUUUAAAACCAGCAAAAAUACGGUGUACAAUCCGACCAAAACGGAGAAAAAAACGGGGGCGAAAGACACCUGAUGCGUCCGUUACGCACAGCAAACUUGGCACAGUGGGACGUUACACGGGCCACACUGGGAACUUUACAGCUGAAACGUCCUGGAAUCGAACCAGUCAUUUGAAUUAUGAACUGCGUAAUAUAAUAAACAAAGGCUAUGCUGGAGGAUCAGCCUCUCAGGUUAGUUCUAUUAGAAUUUACAGUCAAACUGCUCCUCCGUGGCUCAGCUCUCAGGACCUGGAAACCAUGCGCUUUCUUGCGGAUUCCAAAAUUUUGCGCUUUAAAGAAAUCUAUCGUGAAGGCGCCUCAUCCCUUCUGAUGUUUGAAGGUGAGGUCAGGACACAUCCAACCAAUCAGAAGCUCUUGGAAAGAAAUAAUGCAUAUGGAAGACGGUGCGGGAUUAUCCACAGCCCCACGGACAACACUGAGGUGUUUGCUUUCCAUUUGGACAGGGUGCUUGGUUUGAACAGAACCCUGCCAGCUGUGAGCAGGAAGUUCAGCUUUUUUCAUGAUGGUCAGUUCUUCACUGUGGUGUCAUGGGAUGCAUCACUGUACCCAGAAGACCUUGCUGCAGGCCCGGUCACUGUGAGGCUCACAUGGAGGGAGUACCAGAACUCUCUAGUGCAGAGAUGCUGGCACAAAAACACAAGGCCCAAACCUGACUCUGGCUGCUCCACGAUUCAUCACUACGAAUGGAGCAAACUGGCUCUGUUUGACUUCCUGCUGCAGAUCCACAACCGUCUGGAUCAGAGCUGCUGUGGAUUCAGGCCUCGGCGGGAGGAUGUGUGCGUUGAAGUGGCCCAGCAGGCUUCCUGUGAGGACCAGGAAAACGUAAAAUUAGCAAACAUUUUCCAUAGGAACCAGGACUCCAGGCACCUGGUGUUCACCAACAACAAGGGAUUCUUUGACCGCAAUGAGGACAACUUAGACUUCAGGUUGCUCGAGGGUAUCCGGGAGUUUCCAGAGAAGGCUGUGACAGUGCUGAAGAGCAGGAAGCUAAGGGAGAAGCUUCUCCAGUCCCUGUUUCUGGACCAGAUGUACUGGGAAAGUCAGGGUGGCCGGCAGGGCAUCGACAAGCUAAUUGAUGUUAUCGAAAGGCGAGCCAAGGUCCUCCUUACCUACAUCAUGGCUCAUGGGAUAAAAGUCAUCACAAUGAAUGACUGAUGGAACUUACUCACACUGACAUAGUGCUUCUGUUAUUGUUUUACAGCAGUGCCAUUUCAAAGAGUCCUAAAACUGACGCAUAUGUUUAUUUAUUUCAACUUAAACAGUGAAACUAAUAUAUGAGAUAUAAUACAUGCAUACUAAUUACAGGUGAAACUUCAAAAAUGAGAAUCUGGUGCAAAAGUUCACCGUUUUCAGUAAUUCAAUGAGACAGACUCAUUCUAUGCAGAGCCAGAUCCUUCAAGAUUUUAUUUGUAAUAAUUGUGAUGAUUAUGACUUACCCCACAUUCAAAAUCUCAGACCAGUAGAGUAAUGUGAAAUGGUUCAAUAUUCUAGACUCAAAGUGCCACACUUUAAUCAGCUAAAAACACCUGCAAGGGGUUCCUGAGCCUUUAGAUGGUCUCUCAAGCUAAGAUGAUUUACUGAAAUAAAUUAACCUUUGCACCAUGUUCUCGUGUUUAGAAUUUCACCUGUAAAUUAAUCUCUGACAUUAACAGCUUAAAAUAUUCUUGCACUAAACUAAUCUCUAUCAUUUCUAAGCUAACAGUGUCAGAAAUGCAUUAGGAAUGCCUUGUCUCAGUAUUUUUUCUUUAAUUUCUCUACUUUUUUCCUCUUUCACUUGUCCACUAAGAUGUCUCCAUAAUGUAAAGAAUGCUGUAAUUUCAGCUUUUGGUCCAGCUCUUCAGCAGGUGCAUUUAAAAUUAAUAUAAAUAGAAGGCUUCGGAUCUCGACUCAUUUGAUUCUUUGCCCUGAGGGUGCAGUAUUUCAUUUUAGAGUAAUAAUAAACUUUUUGUGUAAAUUUAUCAACCAGACCCUGAAUCCAUUUGGGGUAACUGAACAAUCAACUGCACAGAGACAUGCUAGACCAGGUUCACACAGCAAGAUAAUGCCAAGGAUCCCAGCUUAAUGAUGUCAGAUCUGUUAACUAUAAAAUGCCAUAAAAUCUUACAAACAGGUGAACAGCCAGGCUGCAUGUUGGCACAAAUGUUAUACUGUUGCCUUGUAGGGAGAAGGUCGCAGGUUUGAAUCCUGGCAAUGGUCUUUCUGCACAAAGUUAGCAUUUUCUCUAAUGCUUGUGUGGGGUUCCUCUGAGCUCCUCAAUUUCCUCCCACAUAGAAAAUAACCUGCAUUUCAGGCUAGUGGAUACCCUAAGUAACCCCUUGGUGUGAGUGUGUUUGUGGCUGGUUGUUUAUGUGUGGCCCUGUGACUGGAGACCUGUACAAUGUUUACCCCCGUUAAUCAUUUUGUAUUCUAUUUUUAAAACUACAAAAAAUGUCUAUGAGUUCAUUUAUUUACUGUGUUUAUAAAUCAUUUAACUGUAUAUUUUAAAUUUCCAAUGUCAAAUAAAGCGAUUUUCAACUGG